AUGAUAAGGUUGUGCUAUUCAUCCCACGACUACCGUGAAUAUAACGUGGAAUUGGGAGAAGAUUGUGAAAUUGACGAAGAUUGUGAUACAACAGUACAUGCAAAAUGUUCAAUAGAUAAAAAAUGUAUUUGUAGAUCAAAAUAUCUCAAAACAAAUGAUUCAACUUGUGCACCGUCACUGGGUGAAUAUUGUUGGAAAAAUGAACGAUGUGCAAACGAUAAUUCUGAAUGUAUUGAUAAUGAAUGUAAAUGCAAACAUAAUUACUUUUUAGAUUCCAACAAUACAUGUAUACGAGCAUUUAUCGGUACACAUUGCGAAAAUAAUGCAGCUUGUGGAGGAAUAAAAUUCGCAACUUGCUUAAAAAACAAAACUUGUGCUUGUGCAUCAAACACAAUAGCUGUAAAUCCAAGAAUAUGUUUACCACUUUUAGAUGUAUCUUGUCAAAAUAAUGACGAUUGCAAGGUAGAUAAUUCAGAGUGUAUUGAAAAAAAAUGCAUGUGCGAACAUCGAUACAUGCCUCUCUCGAACAGUCAAUGUAUAACACCCCAUGUAGGUAUACCUUGUAAAAAUAAUUCGCAUUGUGAAAUGUUUAUAAAUAAUACAAGAUGCUCCGAUAAUUACCAAUGCGAAUGUAAGGAUGAUUACAGUCCGAUAAUGAACAAUAUAUGCGCUCCCCUAUUUAACGUUCCAUGUUCGGACAAUGAAUUGUGUGCUACAGAAAAUUCUGUUUGUCAUGACAAUAAGUGUCAAUGUAAAGCUGAUAAUGUUUAUCGAGACACAAAAUGUGCACCAUUAACGCCACUAGAUACAGAUUAUUCAAUUUAUAUAAAAUCCCAUGCUUCAGGAUUAUCCGUGGAACUUGGAAAAUCUUGUGAAAGAGAUGCAGAUUGUAAAAAUAUUUUAUAUUCAAGAUGCUCAUUUAAUAAAAUAUGCGUAUGUAAAGAGCACAGUUUUGCAGUUGAUAAGUACACUUGCGCUCCAGCUUUGAAUGGAUUCUGUUUAAAUGAUGAACAGUGUACAAUGAGGUCAUCUCAUUGUAAAGAUAAUACAUGUCAAUGUAUAGCUUUACGUUCAGCAGUAUCCUAUAAUCAAUGUAAAGCCACACAUCUAAUAUUUACUUGUGAAGAGAAUUCAGAGUGUACUGAUUUGUGGCAUUCAAAGUGCUCAAUAGAUAAUAUAUGCAUUUGUAACACAAAUAAUGUUGCUGUCGGCACAUCAUGUUUACCAAUUAUAGGUGGAUAUUGUUGGAGAGAUGAUCAAUGCACCGCUGAAAAUUCUAUUUGUAUUAAUUAUUGGUGUGCAUGUAAACCAGCCCACGUUGCUGUCGCCAAUAAUCUCUGUUUACCUGCUCAUUAAACGUUUGUUUGUGACUAAUCUUUAAAAAACUCUUUAUGUACUCGAUAAAUAAUAAGAUAAUUAAAGUUAUAAUCUUAAUUUAAAAUAGUAUAUUGUGCGACAAGGGAAGAAACAAAAUGAUUUCAGACCAGGGUGAAAUUGGCUGAUAUCAUCCGCAGUCUGAAAUCGCGUUUCAUCCUGAGUUACUAGACUUUUGAUGAUUACUUUCAUUGGAAGUUAAAGUUUCAGUGUCAGCAGUCAGUCAGAAACAAGUUUAUUUAAGACCAAUGGUGUAAUCAACUAUUAGCAUAAACGUAAAUUGUCAUUUGCAAUUUAUAAUCAAGCAGAAACUAUAAAUAUUAUUUAUUAUUCACACUAAUUUUUAUAAAUCUUAAUCACAGUGAAGACAGAGCUGUCAUUCACGUAAAUAAAAUUAAUGGUCUGAAAUUACUAUUAAACAAAUGGCAAGUAUCAGAGUUUAAAUUGCAAAAGCCUUCAGUCAGCGGGCAGAAACAUUAUUUGUUUGUUCCCAAGGGACGAAACAAGUUUAUUUCUGCCCGCUGAGCUGACUGAAAGCAUUGACAAUUAAUUCGCGGUAUUGGAUUAAAAUUAUCUUGUUUCGACUGGCUGAAGAGACACUAAAACUUCAAGUUUCGAUGCUGGUAUCAUGAAAAAGUUAGUGAGUGUGAAUAAGAAUUAAAAAAUGUGUAUUUAAAUAAAUGAGAAAUCUUUACGCGCAUUUGUUUCAAUUUCAUUUUAAUUAAUUCAAUUAAUCAAUUUAUUUAUUUAUUUAUUUAAAAUUUAUAAAUUGUCUCACAUCUGCUACAUUCACACUCAUAAAAAGUUAUAUCUUUACUACGAUAAUGUAAUUAUUACAAUUCAACUUUAAUUAUAAAAAGUCAAUUAUGUUAUAUAACUAAUAAUAUAUAUUCUCAAAUUCGAUUAAAUAUUAAACUUCAACUGAUCUAAUUUUUGUAUUUUUUUUAUUGUUAACAAUCAAUUAAAUUCAAAAAUUUCGAUAUCUGAAUUCAAAAAUGAUCCUGAACUUAACGGACAAUUAGCAAUUGUCGGAUUAUUUUUUUUUUCAACAAGUAAAUUACAAAAAAAACUAAAAAUCUUAAGGCUUAAGGAAUAAUCGUCUAGUCUAUAUACCCACUACGAAAAAGCUAUUUAUUAAAAAUAGCUCGUGGAUAAGGCUUCUUGAUGCAGUCAACAAUUACUCUGGUAAAAUAGAUGAGUUCUUUGGAGGUAAAAUAGAGGAGUUCAAAAA